AUGUCCGAAACCCCAACCGACGAUCGCAAGAUCUGGCAACCCCUCCACCCCGCUAUCCGCGAUAAGCUCGACCCGCAAUACGUCGACUACCACGACAAGUACUUGCAGUAUAUCGUCCCAGAUGAGCUCAAAGCCUGGGACGGGUCCGUACGAUCGGCCAAGGGAACACUCCCUCCCGGCGGAACUCAGCCGGUUCCCGUUGGCAGCAUCGAGGACUUCGACGUCGGCCGCUUCCGCGUGAGAGUCUACACGCCCACUGGCGAGAGCGAUGAGCGCGGCUGGCCCGCUUUGGUCUGGUUCCACGGCGGCGGAUGGGCUGUUGGGGGUCUGAAUAAUGGCAGGGACCUCUGUUCAUGGACCUGUGAAGGUGCCCGCUGCGUGGUCAUAAGCGUGGAUUACGGUCUUGCCCCUGAGAAUCCAUUCCCAAUCGCAGUUGAAGAUUCAAUUGAUGCUGUUAGAUGGGUGUUUUCUGCGCCUGAUGAACUUGCGAAGAUUGACACCAGCCGCAUCUCCAUCGGCGGCACAUCUUCCGGAGGCAACUUGGCCGUUGUCGCCGCCCUCGCGGCAUUGGACCCCGAGGUACCUCUCCCAUCUGCGAAGCCAUCUCUUCCAUAUACCAUCACCCACCCUCCCGCCUCAGUUCUACUAUUCAUCCCGGUGAUUGACAACACCGCCACCUCGGAGGAUAUCUGGAAGUCCAGCGCCGAGACAGCGCCUUGGCUCACCGACAAGCGAUUGGAGUGGUAUCGGAAGCUUUACUUCGCCCGAGACGAGGAUCGCCAGAAGUGGGAUGCGAGCCCCAACCACGCCCCCGAGUCCUUGCUGCGACGGCUUCCAAAGGUCUGGAUAGCUGUCGCAGAGCUAGAUCUCCUUGCUCCAGAAGCGCUAGCUUUCGGAGAGCAGCUAAGAGGCCUAGGCGUUGACGCUGAAACUGUGGUUGUGAAGGGUGGUACGCACUCGAUUCUCUCUCUCCAUGGACGAAUAGAUAAAGGUCGGAAGAUGAUCGAGGAUGCUGUCAAACACCUCCAGAGUGUUUAUGGGACAUGA